AUGGGUAUUCGUAUGCCUCGGAUCAUUCAAGCGAAACAAAUUCUUCAAAGGUCUUUGUCAAAUGGAACUCGCACAUCAACAAUGGAUCUACCAAAAGGCUAUUUUGCAGUUUAUGUUGGGGAGCAAGAGCAAGAAAAGAAGCGCUUUGUGGUUCCUGUGUCGUUGUUAAGCCAACCUUCAUUUCAAGACUUAUUACAUCAGGCAGAGGAAGAGUACGGAUAUGACCAUCCAAUGGGUGGCCUCACAAUCCCAUGUAGCCAGCACAUAUUCUAUGAUCUCGCAACUAGUCUGGGCGCAUUAUGA